AUGGUACACAUUGCCCUUAUGUCUUUUAUUCCAGGGGCUUUGUCUUGGUACGAACCUGCAAUUGAUCCGAGUAAGAUCCCAAGAGACGAUGCAAUCCUGAGGUUUGGGGAAAGCGAGAGUUCAAACACCGGGGAAUAUUCUCCAGGGCAUACUGAUGAGAGAGUAACAGAAAACCAGCAAGACAACGAUCCAGACAUAAGCUUGAGUGACAUUGAUGAAAGGAUUAACGAAUAUCCUUCGAAGGAAAUACUUCCUCCACAGGUCCGGUCGAUCCCAAUUGCAGAUGAUGUCGAAGCAAAAAUUGAAAAGGUCCGAGAACUAACAAAAGCAUUCAAUAAGAAGAUAGGAACAGAAAAUGUGUCUGGGAUCCAUGACCGGGAGGCAUGGAACAAGUUCUAUGAAUAUUUGAAACUAAACUUCAAGGACUUCCUAAUAGACGGCCAUCUCUCCAUCGAACUCCACAUUAGAUAUGUUCUGUGUUGCUAUGUCGUUGCAUUUAUCCCAGCUGAGUUUGCAUUUCUUUUUCCUGCCUCCUACAAAAUAUUCAUCCCAAAAAGAGCAAUGAAGGUUCCUAUCCUUGGCGAUGCCAUAAAGGGGAUAGACAGGUUCUUGACAUUUGUCAGUGACCGCAGCUCGAAGACAUUCAUCAUAACAUUUUAUGUGGGACGUCAAAAUUCCCUUGUGGAGGACAUAGAGUUCAUAAAGAGAGUUCCGGAUCUUAUAUUCACAAAUCCCAUAGAAAUACUUAGAGAGAUCCUGAAGUUCGAGAUAAGGUCUGAAGGAUAUGACAACAAGAAAGAGCUAUAG